UUGGUCCAUCGACGUCGUUUUUUUUGGUUUUCCCCUUUUAAUCUGCAGCCGACUUUUUGGGCUGGUCGGCGUGCAUUUCCAUUUCCAACUUCUUUCCCCUUCCCUCUCUUCCAUUUUCUUAAUCCCAAAAAUAAAAUGUAAAUUAUUGCGUCCCCGAUUGGUUGGAUUGUUCAACCUUUUUGGUGGGCCUUUUGUUUUUAAUCAGAUUAUACAAAUAAACUGUUUCUGGGUUUUGUUCUUUACUUUCUUCUCUCUAUUGGGAUCCCCAUCAUCUUUGCAUCUCUCAAUUUCUUGAAAUUUUUAUCGUUGAUGCUUGAUUGAGUUUCAUUUUGGACAACUUUGGAGGAUUAAUUUAUCCUAUGAGCUUGGUUUUGUUGGGACAUUGGCUGUAAUGGGAACUUUAUCUGUUGAAGCUUGUACUGGAGGAAGUCUUAGAACUUAUUUGUUAUCCGCUGUUUCUGAAUGCCUACUGAUUUGUAUGCUGUUUUUGCACUCCAUAUUCUCAUUCUUUAUCACAAAAUGUGCUCGGUUAUGGAAACUGCGCAUCCCGUGCUUGCUAUGUUCGAGACUCGAUCAUGUUUUCGGCUCUGAGAAAAAGGGUUACCUUUGGACAUUGAUUUGUGGCAAACAUAAGUUGGAGGUUUCAUCUUUGGUUCUUUGUCACGCUCAUAACAAGCUUGUGAAUGUUCAUGAAAUGUGUGAAAACUGCCUCUUUUCAUUUGCAACGAUCAAUAAGUUGAAUUCUGAGACUUACAGAUUAUUGGUUGGUAAGCUGGGGGAGGAUCCUCAUUUUGGUAUUGACAGUGACCCUUCGCUUGGGGAUCAAAAACAUUGUUCGUGUUGUGAGGAGUCGUACAUCCCAAGAGGGUUUGUUCAAACGUUAAUACAGACCAGAUCGAGCGGAUUGAAGGUUGAGGAUCUCAAUGUUCCCUUGUCGAGUUCUAUUGUUCCUUGUAAAGUAGAUGUCCAAGGGUCGUGUUGUGAGGAGUCAUAUGUCCCAAGAGGGUUUGUUCAAACGUCAAUCCAGACCAGAUCGAGCGGAUUGAAGGCCGAGGAUCUCGAUGUUCCUUUGUCGAGUUCGAUUGUUCCUUGUAAGGUAGAUAUCCAAGGGCCUCCAAGCAAUCCUUUACCUCAUGUUCAAUACAAAGAGCUGAAUAUUACUUCAGACACAGAAUCUGAUGGAAAUGGAGGCACUUUGGUGGUUGAAACAGCCAAUUCUAAGGAUGAUCUCGCCCUUCAAGAUGAUAAUAUGGAGGCUAACUUCAGUUCUCUGGCUAGUAAUUUAACCUCGACGACGUUAGUCGAGCCAGCUUUGGCACCUGAACCAUUGGUCUUAUUAGGCGACGCUGCACUGCCUCGUGUAGAACGUGGUGUCUCGAUCGGGCACGGUUUGGAUGAAUCGACUCCAAAGCACGUCGAAGCUAAUGACGGUUUCUCUUCACCAAAUGAUCUCCUUUCCCUUGACAAUAUGGUUCCUUCUUCAAACACAAUAGUAACUUCUGUUGAAGCUGUAGAAGAAAGCUAUGUUACUAGAAGUGAAGAACACGAAACGAAAAGCAGGGGAACGGAGAAAGCGGAAAUAUCGCCAACGAAAGCAACGUCUGAAGAAGAUACCGAAACUCAACCUGUUUCGAGUGACACUGCUCAGAUGGCACCCAAUACAUUGGAGCUUGGUGAUGCUUAUAAGAUAGCUGUAGGUGCUAGAGCAGGAAGACAAUUGUCUGGUAAGCUUUCGGAACAAUGGAUUGAGAAGGAUUCGUCAAAAGUUAGCGACGAUCUGAAGCUUCUCAUGACACAACUCUCGUUUAAUCGGACGACCGACCAAUCACGGGAAAUGAGUCCAAGGUUGUCCAUAAAUGGGGAUGAUGUCUCAAACAUCGUUGGGAUGCAGAUACCACAAAAAAGGAUAUCACUUGAAAGAAACGAGUCGAGCUUAGACUCUCUAGAUGGAAGCAUUGUGAGUGAAAUCGAAGGCGAAAACGUGGUUGAUCGGUUGAAACGACAGGUCGAGUAUGAUAAGAAGCUUAUGAUUUCAUUAUACAAGGAAUUGGAGGAAGAAAGAAAUGCAUCUGCAAUUGCUGCAAAUCAAGCCAUGGCUAUGAUUACUAGACUACAAGAGGAGAAGGCUAAUCUUCACAUGGAGGCAUUGCAGUGUUUAAGGAUGAUGGAAGAACAAAGUGAGUAUGAUGAUGAUGCCUUACAGAAGGCGAAUGAUCUCAUUACAGAGAAGGACAAGGAGAUACAAGAUCUCGAAGCCGAACUCGAAUUUUUUCGGAUUAAUUUUCCUAAUGCAUAUACAAUAGAUAAUCUAAUCGAGAUGUCUGUGAAGGAAAGAGAUAUCGGGGUCGUUCAUUUAGAGUCGAAUCAGCUCGGAACAAUUGGUUAUGGAAAUCUGGUUGUAGGUAAACCCGAUAUCCACGAGAAAGUUGGAAGCGAAGGCGGUACGUUUAACAAUUUAUUGUCAGAGUUCGAGGACGAAAAGAUAAACAUCUUGCAAUGCCUUCAGAAGUUGGAGAAUAUGAUCCAUUUGUUUUCAAUCAAUGGGGUCAAGAUGGAUCUUAGCAAUGGUGAAUAUCUUGGGACAGAUGAUCUUAAACUCGAAAAUGGGGAAGAUCAUGCCAAAGACGAUGACGAUGACAAUGACAAUGACGAUUGUCUUCCCUCACUUGCAAAUCCUCCAUUUGAUAAAGAAAGUAACGAACUCGAUCGUAGUGAUAGGAAUUCGUCGUCGAAUACCGAAAGGGAAGAUUUCGCGUUUCUAAGAAUCGAGGUGUCGAAGCUUAACAAAAGGAUGGAAGUGCUCGAAGCCGACAAGAACAUUCUUGAGCAUACGAUCAAUUCACUCAUAAGGGGAGAGGAGGGGCUUCAGUUUGUUCGAGAGAUCGCUUCCCUUUUACGAGAACUCCGAAAAAUCGGGUUAAGAAGUUGAUGGAUGGCCUGGUGAUAUGGUUCAAAGAAGCCAACCAUUAAGAAGGAGAGACGAGGGCGACGUCGACUUCGACCGAGCAAGGUUAGAAUUGAGAAAACUGUACAGUUCCAAUAGCUUGUUUUCUCGAAAGAUAUGAAGAAUAUAAAGGAUGGUUUAGGAUUAUUUUAACUCUUACCAAUACCAAUAAUUUUGAUAUUAUAGGAAAGUUCAUUCCUUGGUUUGUGGUUUGUGGUUUGAAUUGAUGAGUUGAGUUGUUUAUUAGUUUGUUGUUGAUCUUCUUUCUUCUCUUUUGCAGUUCUUCUUUUUGUUUCCCAUUUUUUUGGAGUGGAUUGAGUGAUUUGUUAAGGUGUGAAUAUUUGUAACAGUUGUUGUGAUCAUUGUAUUGGUUGAUGAUCCCUAUGAUUAAUGAAAAGCCUUUUUGCUUUCCCUC